AUGGAUCCCUGGGCUUCCUACGGCGCUCACCGCAUCUGCUGCAUUCCAUGUGGACAUGUCUACGGCAGAUCCUGCUUGGAGAGGUGGCUACGCCGCGGCGGCAACACCAGCGCCAAGUGCCCUCAGUGCAGUGAAAGGUUCAAGCACAGGCACAUCAUCAAUCUCUACUCGUCGGUGCAUCUCUGGAACGAUUGCUGCCUCAAAGAGAUCCGAGCUCAAAGUACGAGUUCAAGUUCUUCUGUACACCCUCGUCCACAUGCUAUUUCAGUUAGGAUCUCCCAACUCGAGGCCCGGAUGGAGGAAGAAAGGAGGCUACGGGAGGAAGCCAUGAGAAGGCAAGAGGAGAGGAUAGCGGCACAGAAUCAAUUCUUCGAGGAGAGGAUGGCGGCACAGAAUCAACUCUUCGAGGAGAGGAUGGAGGCACAGAGUCAAUUCUUCAAGGAGCAAAGGGCGGCACAGCGUCAAGACAUCGAGGAGAGCAGGGCGGCACAUAAUCAAUUAUUGGAGGAGAGGAUGAGUCAAGCCAUCAAGGAGAGCAGGGCGGCACAGAAUCAAUUCUUUGAGGAGAGGAUGGCGGCACUGAGUCUAGCCUUCAAGGAGAUGCUGGCGGCACAGAGUCAAGCCAUCGAGGAGAGGAUUAGUCAAGGCAUCAAGGAGAGGUUGGAGGCAGAACGAGCUCUCUACCAGGAGCAAUUCCAGAGUCCUUAUGCUCUCCACGGCAGAAGUCCGCCAUCGAUGCCAAGCCUUCCUCCUCCACGUGCUCCACACACUCAUACGCAUCUAUCAGCUAGAUCGAAUGACCCGGGAGGUGGUACAUCCGCACAUGGUCAAGGAAGCUCAAGCACCCAUCAUGAUGGUGGUACUCCAAGGUUUUCGACUCGACGAGUCGUUCUGGGGUACGAGUCGUGCUGUGCCGCUCUACUAGACGACGACCCCCAUGAAUUUUUUAGCAAUGCUAUCAAUCACACAUAUACAUUGCCAAACCUUGUCAACUUACGGGCACCGCUGAACUCCUGGACAAGGUUUGCCGGUAUGCGAGAACCAGAUGCAACAAUACACGCUCUGCGUUGA